AUGGAGUCAACUGGCUACAGGGUGGUGUUUGAGAAGUCGGGCGUUUUCCUCCACACGAGCGCCAAACCCCGCCAGGAUCCCGACUCCCUCAUCGCUGGGGUCAUCCGCCUCGUGGAGAAGGACUCAGACGUCCUGCUUCACUGGGCCCCGGUAGAAGAAGCUGGAGAUGGGACGCAGAUCAUCUUCUCCAAGAAGGAGCCGACGGGGGGGGAGUCUUGCCCCCCCGAGGAGGACCUCUUCGACCCCGGCUACGAGCCCGACUGGGCCGUCAUCAGCCCCGUGGGAGCCCGGGUCCGGGCCCAGGAGCCGGGCACCGGCGCAGGGGCCGGCGCAUCCCGGCCGUCCUGGGCCUUCUCCCUGAGGCUGGCGGAGCUCAAGUCGAUCCGCCGCUCCAAGCCCGGACUGGGCUGGGCCUACCUCGUGCUGGUCACGCAGGCCGGGGGCUCCUUGCCCGCCCUCCACUUCCACCGCGGGGGGACGCGCUCCCUGCUCCGGGCCCUCAGCAGAUACCUGAUCCUCGCCAGCUCCCCACAGGAUUCCCGCCUCUACCUGGUUUUCCCCCACGAUUCCUCCGCCCUCUCUAACUCCUUCCACCAGCUCCAUCUCUUCGACGAGGACAGCUCCAACGUGGUCUCCCGUUUCCUCCAAGACCCGUACGCCGCCACCUUCGGAGGCUUCUCGCGCGUCACCAACUUCUUCCGCGGUGCCCUGCAGCACCCCCACGACGGCAGCCCCCCGCCCAGCCUCCUCGGCCCCGAGGACGAGCCCGAGCCCGGCUUCGAGGUCAUCUCCUGCGUGGAGCUGGGCCCCCGGCCGGUGGUGGUCCGGGGCGCCCCCGUGACGGAGGAGGAGUGGGCGGGGCACGUUGACGCAGACGGCCGGCUGAAGGACGUGUCGGAACUGAAGGCCCGGAUCUUCUCCGGGGGCCUGCACCCCGCUCUGCGGAAGGAGGCCUGGAAGUACCUCCUGGGCUACGUGAGCUGGGAGGGCAGCGGCGAGGAGCACAGGGCCCAGCAGCGGAGGAAGACGGACGAGUAUUUCCGCAUGAAGCUGCAGUGGAAAUCCGUGAGCGAAGAGCAGGAGAAGAGGAACUCCCUGCUCCGUGGAUAUCGCAGCCUGAUUGAGCGGGACGUCAGCCGGACGGAUCGGAACAACAAGUUCUACGAGGGGACCGACAACCCCGGCCUGGGGCUGCUCCAUGAUAUUCUGCUGACCUACUGCAUGUACCACUUCGACCUGGGUUACGUCCAGGGCAUGAGCGACCUCCUCUCCCCAAUCCUCUUCGUCACCCAGAACGAGGUCGAUGCUUUCUGGUGUUUCUGUGGCUUCAUGGAACUUGUGCACGGAAACUUCGAAGAGAGUCAGGACAGCAUGAAGCGCCAGCUGGGCCAGCUGACUCUGCUGCUGCGAGUCCUCGACCCCUCGCUCUGUGACUUUCUGGACUCCCAGGAGUCAGGAUCCCUCUGCUUCUGCUUCCGCUGGAUCCUCAUCUGGUUCAAGCGGGAAUUCUCCUUCCCCGACGUGCUGCGGCUGUGGGAGGUUCUGUGGACAGGCCUCCCUGGCCCCAACUUCCACCUGCUUGUGGCCUGUGGGAUCCUGGAUGCUGAGAGAGACGCCCUCAUGACCUCGGGCUUUGGCUCCAAUGAGAUCCUCAAGCACAUCAACGAGCUGACUAUGACGAUGAGCGUGGAGAAGAUCAUAACGCGGGCCGAGGAGCUGUAUCGGCAGCUGGCUGCCUGCCCGGAGCUGCCCCUCAACGUCCAGGAGAUCCUGGGCCUGGCCGCGGCCCCCCCAGCGACCCCCGGCAGCCCUUCCUCUCCAGCGCCGAUCUUCCUCCUCUCCCCGGGGGGCCCAUCCUCCGGCCCCUCUCUGUCUGCCGCGCAACUGCCCCGCCGGUCAGAGAGCAGCCCAGGGACCCCCCCACCGGACACCGCCCCCGACUCCUGAUUCUGGCCUGCCUCCAUCCCUAGCACAUGCACUUUACCUCCCCCGCGGCCCCGACCCCCGAACCCCACCUCUCUUCCCCCCGAAGCCCACCAUUGUCAUCUCUGAACCUGACCCUGGGGGGUCUCCCCCCUUCCCAGUGAAUACCCAGAGGGAAGGGGGUGAGUCCACGCCUCCCCGAAGCCUCUUCUCUUCGGAACGCCCCGGAUCUUCGUCCUCCCACCACUCCCGACGUCUUCCGAGGCCGACCACGUUAACCGGAAUCGCGGCCCGGGCCUCCUGCCUGGGCGCCGGGAGACAGAGCUGUGCCAGGAGGGGUGAGGUGUGAUCCGUGGGAAGGGACGGAGGGGGCCUGGAGAGGCGGGGGGUUGGGGCCUGGGCAGGAAGCGCUGGGGAUAGGGAAGAGGAUAAGGCACGGAGACCCUAAAAUAAAGCUCUUGGCUGCA